GGAAAACGGCCGAAAGCAGCUCUACCGCUAUUAUCUCCCUUUCCGGAAAUGGUUUUAUUGCAAUCAACACAGAAAACAUGCGUUUAGAAAAGUGUUAUUUCUGUUCCUCUACAGUAUACCCUGGUCAUGGUAUACAAUUCGUAAGAAAUGACUGUAAGAUUUUCAAAUUUUGUCGUUCAAAAUGUCACAAAGCUUUUAAAAAGAAGCGUAACCCAAGAAAAUCAAGGUGGACAAAGGCUUUCAGAAAAGCUGCAGGAAAAGAUUUGGCAGUCGAUCCAUCAUUUGAAUUUGAAAAGAGAAGGAAUGUUCCUGUAAAAUAUAACAGAGAACUUUGGACAAAUACAGUGAAAGCCAUGCAAAGAAUAACAGAAAUUAAAACCAGAAGACAGAACCAAUUUAUCCUAAACAGAUUAAAGAAAGGCAAAGAAUUACGUAAAGAGGCAGACUUAAAGGAAGUUGAGAAAAACAUACAUCUUAUCAAAUCACCUGCAGCACGGUCAGUAAAGAUGGAGAAGAAGUUGGUACAAGUUAUCGAGGAAGAUGAUGCCGAGAAGAUGGAAGAAGUGUGAUAAUAAACUAACAUACAAGUCUUUGAUAAACUUACUCAUUAAACUACAUUGAUUAUUUAUUUGGGUAUUGAAAUAACUUUAACACAACAAAAUUAAAUAAGAAUUUUAAAGAUUAAACUACAAUUAAUUAAAUAUUGUGAGUAAUAAACUGUCAUAUUGUUCCUUUUAAUGAACUAUUGUGCUCUUUUGAAAUAUUUUUAGUAAAAGUUCUUUUACAGAAUAGAACUAUAAGUAUUUAUAAAUGAGAAGUAAUUGAGCAGUCUGUUACAACAUUCAUGUUCUGCUGUUAUUUUUGAGAAGAAAAAGGAAAGUUGUUGUAAUGGAAAGACUUAACAAAAAUAUCCUACAAGACUACAAUGUUUUAAUACAGAAUAUAGACUUUCUCAUUGUUUGUUAGAUGACAUACUAUUAUUUUAUUGUGUUGCUGAGAGAGUUUAUGGUAAGCUCUAUAAUAUAUGAGGAAUGCAAUAAAUAAACCAUUUCAA